AUGGCGCUUAAUGGUCAACCUUUGACGAAGUUUGCGAGACAUGUUAUUUUCGCAGGUUAGGGUUCUUAAUUAAUCGCUAACACUGUUGUGUUUUCUUCUGAAUAGGAAUUCAAUCAUAAGUUAAGAAAGCUUUCCCACUUUUUGCCGUGGUGAUAUUCAAAAAGUCCUGAGUGUUUCAAUGCAGGUUAUUAGUCACAAUUUAGCAUUAUUGUUACUCUUUUCCCCUUUCCAACCUUGAUUUGCACAUCACAUGGUGCUAUAGAAAUAUACCAGGAUAGAAUCCAGGGUUGUCAUUAAGAGCCGGGGGCCGGGGAUUUUCCCCGGCUACUAAUGUAUCGGUCAAAUCGAAGCUUCAACAUGCCCCCCCCGGGCAACCCCUCGGGCAUUUGACUUUUUUGAAAAUUAUUGUUCAAAUUCCCCCCUACCCGGGCCAAAAUGCCGUUCAAAUGCCCCACACUAGGGUCCAUUCAGGUGAUCAAAUGCCCCCACCCAGGGGACAUUUCACAGGCACAAAAAUGACAGAAGAACGGCGCAAACGCCUUCAGUUGUCGAACAAAAUCUUUAUAAAUAUAACAAAAACUGAGAAGCACUGUUAGCGUAUUCACUACGAACAAAAGUCUCGUGCAAAGCGGCGGAAGUCGCUGCUACAAGGUCACUGAAUGCUCAACUUUUCUUCGUCAUGCAACAUACAUAAAAAAGAUUCCACCUAUUGAGCUUACUACAUCAUGACCAUUUCACUGACAUGCAUCAUCGCUCACCUUAUUAAUUAACAUACUUGCAGUAGGUCAAAGUAGUUGACCUGAGCUUUUUAAUUUAUUUUAUGUUGUUGUAUUGAAUUGCCGGUAUAGGUAUUGUAUUUCAAUGUAAACACAACAAUAAAAUACAUUCAUACAUUCAAAGCCUGAAUCCAAUUAAAAAUUUUAAAAUUUAAAUACUUCAAAUACGGCACAAAGCUUGCUUAAGCCCUUUCCUCGUAACCAAUUGGCCACAAAGGCACAAUCUUUUCCAUGAAAAUCCUCUAACACCGCGUCCCCCAUGAUAGCUCACCACGCCAAAGAUUUUACAUGAAAUUGAGGGUGCAGUUCAAAUUCCCCACCCCUAAAGCAUGGGGAUAAAAUUCCCCACCCCCUGGAAGACUCUGAUCAUCAAAUUCCCUCCUCCGCGGGACGGCAAAGGUGUCAAAUGCCCGGGGUAUGCCCGGGGGGGCAUGUUGAAGCUUCGAUUUGACCGAUACAUAAGAGAGGGGCAACGGACUACUUUUAUUGGAAAAUAGAAGAGAAAUAGAACCAAAAGAAAUCCCUAGCCGUUUGAUUCCUCGCCUACUUGUUGUAAUUACCCGCCAACUUGAAAUCUUAGUGACAAUCCUGAUAGAAUUAUAUAUGUAUGCACAACAUCGAUCAGAGAAUGAACAUGAGAGAAAAUGGAAGGGUGAGUGAAAUGUGGCUCAUCUCCGGUGUGAUAUAAUUUACCUGUAUUACUCACAGCUUAUGUAAAAACAAAAAAAAACAAAAAACAAAACAAAAAUACUUUCCUUAGCAAUGAAUUUAACCCUGGCAAUAGUCCGUAAAACAAAGAAAAGGAAUAAAUUAUAUUAUACCUGGGAUGACCCUGAAAUGUUGCAAUGGGUUGCCUUAAAUUGGCAUGGCGUGAUCAUUCUAGACCUUUUCUUUACUGUUACAACCAUUUCUAACAACUUAACUUUUGCAAAUAAAGUGCAACUAAACAGCUACUACUAUCUUUGUUAGCUGGCAUUGGUGCUGGGGGAAGUGUUUUGGUGAACACAGUGCGACGUGAUGGAGAGAGAGCCAAAAAAAUACUUUGCUACACUGCUGUGUCAGGUACAUGUAGAUGUAUAGGGGUGGUUACCAGUUGUUUUUAUACAAAAUCGUUUUGAUACUUGAAAGAAGUUGUUUUUAGUAGAGAUGUGUAAAAAGUUUCUUCCACUUUGAUGGUUUGAAGAACAAGCAUAUUACUCACCCCAAGGGUUUUUCUUGUUCAUGCACAAACUUUACCUAGAAGUGACUGAAACUGGUGUGCAGAUUCACUGCUUGAGUUCAUAUCAAAACAAUUUUGUAUGUGCAGAGGUUCUGUGAUGUUAAAAUACAAUGUAAGUUGGGUAAAGGACAUACACUAUGUACUAUGUACUGUAGAAGGAAAAUCAAAGUUUUAGUGGUCUGUCCAAAAGUGUAGUUUUGAUAGUCUGCCUAAAGGAAAAGCCUGAAAGAGUCUGUGUUCAAUAGUGAGCUUUUGCUUUUAUCAUGUAAGCUUAAUCGGCAAAGUAAACAUUUGAAACACAGUUUGACACCUAACCUUUUCAUCGCAUGAUACAAGGAUCACGAUGUCAGAAGGUGACAAAGGAAUGGGCACCACUGUUCAUUUUAAGUGUUGUUUGCUUCUUAUAGAAUAAAUUUUUCAAUGUUACACUAGAAAUCUGGUUUUCUGUUGAGAAUUAAUAUACUGUAGAUGUCAUUCCUAGUAAACUAAUUGAAAAAUAUUUAUUAAAUUGAGAGUGAAGUGAUAAGCGAAGUUUCACAACUCCAUUUUAUGCAUCAGUAAAAAAAAAUGAAGUGAAAGCUUGCAAUGUUAACAUUUUUUUGAAGAUAAGAAUUUUACAAACUCAAGUUAUUUACAUUCUGCUGAUAGGGAAAAAAAAGCUGCCAAUAAUAUAUUAUAAAAUGUUUAUAUUUGCUUUCCUGUCAGGCUUGACUGGUUUAAGCAUUGGCAGUACGUAUGCUGCCUUUAGGAAGCAAGGUGUAUUGACCUACUCAUUUUCGACUGGUGCUUCAUUUUUCACCAUCUCUGGCUUGUUUUUUGGUAAGUUUACUCAUACAUGACAUUGUUACAUGUAUAUCAGUGUUAGAGUUGGCAACUUGAACAUUUACUUUAUACAUGUAUUUCUAUCCUUUAAAUUUCUACAUUUGAUUGUGAAAAAUGUGAUGAUCAGCGUGUCAUGAGUGUAGGAAAGGAAGGACCUAUCCAACUCUAAGUGGGCACUCUGUCACAGUCUUAGCUACUGCGAGAGGCCAAUACACUAAUUAUACAGGAUGCAUGUCAAAUAAAAACCUAGUAUAUGGCCUUGCACUUUGUGAGUCUAGUGAAUACAAUCCCUUCCCAAAGGUCAGAAAAUCAUAGGUAUGAAUCCUGGCAGGGACUUUGUUCAAUGCUCGUGACAUGUGCACAUGUUUCACAUUCACUUACCAAGCCUAAAAAUUAAAAAUUCCCUUAACUAAUAAACUUUCUGCAUUUAAUGUUGUUAAUUUGUAUGUGUGUGUGCUUUUGUCAUCAGUGAUCAGAGACAAUUUAUUGCUGUCGUCCAAGGCUCACGACCUAAGAAGAUCUCUUGACCAACUUCAAGGGAACCCAACUUUGACCACAAGAAGAGAAGCCAUGACUGGCAUGCAAGCAAGUUCCCUCAGUGGUGGAGCAGUAGGAAUGUUGCUGUCAUGUGCAAUUUGUAAGUUAAUCAUGCUACCUCACCUAAACUUGAAUUUAAGAGAUGGAAUGGAAUGAAUGAACAUUAAGGUAAUUUUGUGAGGUUUAUACCUAUGAUAAGGUUCUACAAAUGUACAUGUUUUUUUUAUUCUUUUACUUUUUAUUUAUUUUUUGAUUUUAUUAUGUUAUUAUUCUUUUCAAUAUUCUUCAACUUUGCAUUGAUAUGUACAAAUGUGUCUAUGUUACAGGUCAAAUCUGAUUUCAGGUUAAUUUUUUUCAACCUAGGUUGAUUCUCAAUUUCUUUUUUCUCCUAGCCCUGAUUAUUCAUGAAUUAGGGCUAGGAGACAAAGGAAAUAGAUAAUAAACCUGGGUUAAAUCAAAAUUAACCUGAAAUCAAAUUUGACGUGUAAGAUAUAUAUGGCAGGUAAAAGUAAAAUCCAUUCUCAGUUCAAAUCAUUAUUCAACCAACUUUGGUUCAGAAUUUCCUUAGCUUCCUCACCCUAAUUAUUCACAGGAGGCAAAAGGAAUUCUUUUCUAACUGGAGAAGAGAUUUUACCUACAACAUACACAGUACAUAUCCUACUUUAUUAGUUAGCAUAUGGAAGGGAAAAUGAAAAGGAAUUUUUGGCAAAGGAAAUGUAACAGGGAUGUGAAGAAAGAAGGUUGUGAGCUCAUCAUGUGUUUUGUAAUCCCCAGCUGUGCUCCAAAAAAAAUUGAAGGGAGCUAAGUGCUCUGAACUUGUGAAAUCCAGGGUGCCCAGAGUAUGAUUUGUAUGAAAAAAGUACAUUUUAAGAUUUUCUAGUAGCGCAAGAGCACAAGUUAGACACAGUACAGCCCUGAUCCCACUUUCUUUUUAGCACCAUUAGAGCACUUCUUAGGCAAGCUACAAUGUAUGUGAUGUUGUUAAAGUAUCCACAGUAGAUCCUUGUUUUGACCAUCUGUCAUUGUAUUAGGGAGAGGUUUUGGUGUUCUGUUUCUGAACAUUGUGCAAGGUGCUUUGAUGGCAGCAGCAGGUGAACAAGUUCUUCUCAUUUGAACGCAUUGAAUCAUACCACUUCCACUACAUUAAGAUUCACUUCUUGUCUGAUUAAGGAGGGAGUGUAUGUCAUUAUAUCAUUUCUCCUGACUCUGCACUCAAUUGCAUAGCCCCAAGCUUCUCAGUGAGUCACAGAUGACAAUUAUUUCUUCCUCAUUUUCCUCAAGGAUAGAAGAGAGAGUGAGCGCUCGUGAAAAUCGCUACCCGCGAAGAAAGUGACCCGCAGAGGAAAGGGAUGACUUUUUUAUCUCCAAAUUAAGCUUCUCACAGACUACAAUUACUCCCUAUUUUUCCUCAGGGAUAGUAAAGCAAGAGAGUUACUCGAGUGCUCAGGAAAGUCGCCACCCACGAGGAAGGUGACGCACUGAGGGAAGAAAAGUGAUUUUUACAAGCUUAGCAUAAUUCGCUCGCUCUACCAUUUUCCCUGUCGAAAAUUAGGUAUUACUCGUAGUCUAAGGCCCUGUCCACACCAAUCCAGCCAUUUUUAAAACCCCCUUUUUUUUAUAGGUUUUUACACCAACCAGCUCUCUGUCCGCACAAAACAAGUGAAUCUACUCACCUUUUCGUGUAAAAAAUAUGCGGUUUCGAAAUAUCCGAAUUUGUAUAAACGAGACCUAAGCUUAAUAGGCCAUUUCCGAGUUCCCCUGGGCCUCUGUUUCAAAACGAGGGUAAGUGCUCAACCUUUGAUAUGGAAAUCAUUUUUGAUUCUCAUGCAAAUAAAACUCAUUUUCACAAGAAGGGUUGUGCACCUAGCCUCAUUUUGAAAGUGAGGGUUUUUGAACUCAGAAGUGGCCUAUUCACACUCCUUGAGCGGCUUAAAGUACAUUAGCUCCCCCUGUGCAAGUCUUAAUGAUUAUUAUUCUUUUUUGUCGCAUUUUCUAGGCCAGUGGACGGUUAACAAGUGCCAUAUAUGGAUUUUAGAAGAAACUAUCAAAUAUCAUUAUCCUGAGCUAGUAGCAAAUGCCAAGCGGAAUGAGGAGGUAAUCGUAUAACAGAACAAUCUUUUGGGUUCUGCUUAAAAGGAUUUUUUCAAUUUACUUCAUUCUAAGAAAAAAAAAACUUGAUUUGAGUGUAGAUGUAUUUGGCACAAAGGUACUAAUUUGAGACACUAUUUUUACGACCGCGUUUUACAUGGUCGUCGGAGCCACGCGAAGGACGGGCCGUUUUGCGAGGCAAAUGCGGUAGCUUCUUUUCUCAGUUAUUUUAGUUCAAGAAAGGGUGGAAUUUCUGUACUUCAAAGAAAUCCUUUGAAUCCUCCCCAAUCUUAAACAUUCCCGCGAAUUCAAGUGUCUUAGCGCCUGUGUACAUGAAGGUGGGGGACCCCAGGUAGGUGAGGUAACAUGUGGCUAGUUACCCCACCUAACAUGUAAACGUGAUCACAUUAAAAUGAGAGAUUAUACGGACAGGCGGGUGGCCUUACCUACCUGGGGUCCCCCACCUCCAUGUAAACAGGCCCUUAUUAAUGAGUGGUUGAACAUUUUUCGUUUGUUGUUGUUGUUUGUUUUCUGUUUGUUAAUCACGCAAACCGUUUUUUUUUUUUUUUUGCCUUACCAAAGAGCAAAAGAAAGCGAUUUAACCGCAAUCGGGUUGAUAUGAUUCUUAACAGCGCUAACGUAAACGGCUUUUGGAUCUUAAAUAGCUUAAUUACCCUUGUUAUUAAAAUUUUAUUUACAGAGUUGGGAACAGUGGUUUGUUCGAAAGCUGAGCGGACGGAGUUACGGCUCGCAAGUCAAGGAAAAGUUACGCAGUUACGAAAUUCAGCUUCAGUUACUGGAGGAAGAAGAAGCGAGAUUGCUUCGGUUGAUAGAGGAACAACAAAGUAAAUCAUUGGACAGAACGCCAGAAAAAACAACCUCAGGACUUGAGAGUCUUCAAAGAAUAGAGAAUGACCUUUAA